AUUAAUCGAAAUACACCGAUUUAUUGACUGCUAACUCAAAAAUCAAGAAAGGAAAAGUAGUUCCACCUCCAUGUUGUGUUAUUAACCUGAGAUAUUACAGCGCCGCCUUCAGCCUGUAACUUGUGUCAACACAAAGUUUACUUGUGUUUGUUGGAUGUCAGAUAUCUUUAGGUGUAAUUGUUUUUUGAUUUGAUGAUCACAGUAUUAGUAACUGCUGAUCGUUUCAUUGGUCACCUGCGGGUACCGGCAUGAGAUCCUGUUAAAUUCACGCACUUGCUGAACACGACUUGACAAGCUUCCCAUGAUGUCGAUGAAUUCGAAUCGACGGAAAAACCGUCAGAACUCUGGACCAUCUGUUAGUAGGAAUAACAACAGAUCCAGAGGAUAUGACAAGAAUAUAUCAUUGGAUGGAAUUUAUUCAAAUCCCAGAUUCUCUCAUGUUCUGGCAUCGCUUGUGGGUUGCGUUGUUCAGUUACAAGUGAAAAAUGGUGGGAUAUAUGAUGGUAUUCUGAAAACAAACAGUUCUAAGAUGGAUAUAGUUUUGGAGAUGGCCCACAAACAUGAAGAGAGUAGUAACAACAAUACUAAUAAUACAACACCCUCCAAGGAUAGACUGAUCGAAAAAGUCAUCUUCAACUUGUCUGAUAUUCUCUCUAUCACCACAUCAGAUGUUGAUUUGGAUUAUGCUGUGAAAGAUACAUUUACUGACACAGCAAUAAGCAAAUGCAAUAGCAAUCACACAGAGGCUGAUAUGAAAGUGUUGCAGCCAUGGGAAGGAGGAGAAGGUGAUGAGCUGGGAGGAUUAGAAAAAGACUCCUCUUCCUCCUCAAAUGGUUGGGAUCCAAAUGAAAUGUUCCGUACAAAUGAGGAGAAGUUCAAUGUUCAGACAAAAUAUGAUGAUAGUUUAACACAGUAUACAACACCUCUUGAAAAGAGAGACACCAAGGAAUUUAAGAAUCGUGAAGAAGAGGCAGAGAGAUUAGCCAGCGAAAUCGAGGGGAGUGAACAGUACAAGCAUCGCAUCUCAUUAGAGAAUGGCGAAGGUGACGAAGAGGACAAGUUCAGCGCUGUCAAAAGGACAAAUGAAAAUAAUGCAACAAAUAUGCAGACUUCUGGGAACUCUGGAAAGUAUAUACCCCCGAACAAACGCCCAGGGAUGCAAGGAAACCGAGGUCGAGGAGGAUAUAUGCCAAAUCAGAGGCCCCCCACCCAGAUUCCACCUCGACUACAACAUCAACAUCAUCAUCAUAACUUCCAUCCAAAUCACCACCCAAAUCACCACUAUCUCCCUCAUCAUCAAACCUCCACAGAGGAGCCAAGACUGAACGGCUUAGCUGAUAAAGAUGAAAGAGACAAGAGGUCAGAAGACAGAAAGGUAGAUGAUCGUGUGGAAAGGGAUAAACAUCCUGAAGAAAAGAAAAGUGAAAUAGACAUUAAAACUAGUCCAAAACAAGAACCGGUGACUCAGCAUGUGUCCCAUGAGAAACCAGACCCUGUGCCCCACUCUUCACCUGUACCCCCAAAGCCUGACAGGAGGAGCUCUGGUCCUAAAUCUCGAGAUCGUGCAGAAGUUAUCAAAGACUUGAAAGAGUUCAAUAGUAAUUUUAAAGUCAGUUUUGAGGGCAAAAGAGAGGAGUCCAGGGAUUACAAAGAAGCAAUGGAAGCCAAGUCAAAAGGAAAUGUAGGGCCUGCUUCAUCAUGUACUGCUGUUUCACCUGCAGCAGCAGCAGAACCUCCAGCCCAGCCCACAACAGAGGAAGCCUUGACAACUGGAAACAAGUUGAUGGAGCAACAGACUGCACAAGAGAAGGAUCCAAACAUUGAGAUCAUGAAAAAGUCAAACCUGAAUCCUUUGGCAAAAGAAUUUGUGAUGGGAAAAGGAAGAGAACAAGUGCUGACUCCUCCUCAGAGGCCCCAGACCCAGAGUCCAGUUGGCCCAGGCAUUAUGCAGCAAAUUUCUCAGCCGAUGCCUCAUCAGUUUAUGCCAACUUAUACAGUGAUGCCCCCUACAGUGGUCAACCAGGCUCCCCAGCCUUCUCAACAGAGAGUCAAAAGAGCUGUUGUAUCUGUUGGUCCCAGAAAUGAUCUGACUGCUGCCCAGGCUGCCACUGGACAGCCAUUGUUUAACCAAACUACAGUGCAGCCCCAGCCUUACAACAUACAAUACAUCCCAAAUUAUCAGGCUGUUAUGCCUAUGCCAGCAGCCACGGGACGAAUGGUGACACCAACAUCAAUGCCUAUGGUGCCUACCUCGCAUGGUGCUCAGUCCAGUCAAUCACACCAACAUUCACUAUUUAUGCCUGGUCAAGCUCAACCAAUGCCAGCUCACCUUCCAGCGGCCCAAUUCCCUUAUCCAGCCCACAUGCCCAUGGCAACAAGCAACAUGGGCAGUCAAGCCAAUCAACAAGGAGGACAGCCUCAGCAAAUCACACACCCAGCCCCAAGUCCAGUGCAACAGCAUGGUAACUCCCAAUCCCAUCAACAAGGGCGGCCACCCAACUCUGGAACCCCUCAACCUCCAGGAGGACCAUAUCCACACAUGGCACCCACAAAUAUUCAGGGACAUCCGCCAUUGAUCCCAAGCCCACAGAACCAGUCUCCACAAACCAUGCACAAUCCCUAUCCGUACGUCUCCCAGCACCACAUCUUCCAACAGGGAACUACGGGUCAGCUUUACACACAACAACAUAUGCCCACGAGUGGCAACCAGACAAUGCAUGCAGGCCCAACUUCACAGCUUGGCCACGGGGCACAGAUUGUGGUCAUGCCGAAUCCCCAGCCAGGUCAAGUGCAACAUCAUCCACACAACCAACAGUUUCAACAGCAUAUGGGUGGGCCAAACCAGCAGCAUUUAAUGCAACCCACUGGCAUGAUGCAACCGACUGGCAUGUCUACAGGAUACCAAGGAUCUAAUCCUUCUAGUGUUGUGCAUCCUUUUGUUCCUCAAGGUUUUCCUCUCUUCUGAUUUCUAAACUCAAGGCCAAAAAGUAAAUUGUGCCAGCUCUUAAAAGAGGUCAUGAUAAUUAAAGAGAUUUUGACAUGUUCCCCGAGAAGUGUUCACAGUUUCCAGCUUAGAUAGUGUGUGAAAGUGUGAGAGAAAGAAGUUACAAGUGGCAUAUAAUGUGAUAUCAGUUUAUACAGUUAAAGUGUUUGCAGGAAAGCAAACUGAUUUUAUUACUAAAGAACAGCCCAGUUGACUUUUUUGUAGAAUGAACGUUUAAAAAAAAACAAAAAAUAAAAAAAAAACUACUGAAA